CAGUUCCACGUGCUCGAAUCAGAGAAGGGACGUGACAGCUGCAAUUGGCUGGAGAAGAAGAGAGAAAUAGAGAGACAGGAAAGAGGGAGGAUGGGAGGAACACAACAGAAGAACUGAGUUGAAGGGGUCUGGUUUUCGGAGAGGGAACAGGAGUCAGAGAAGGAAAACUUUGGGGAUUAUUGGGUUCGUUUAGGGUUUAAACGGAAAAGGGGAUAAGAAGGGUUCGGGAGUUGGCAGAAAAAGGGAACGAAAUCGAGAAGAAAGAUCUCUGAAAGGAGGAGGUGUAGGCUUGUGAGAUCGAACAAGACAAAGAACAGAAAGAAAUUUUUGGGUGAAUUAUCAGAAUCCAAAAAUGGCUGGAAGAGCACAAAUUCCUACGAAGAGUUCAGCACUCAUUGCUAUGAUUGCUGAUGAGGAUACUGUAACCGGAUUUUUGCUGGCUGGAGUUGGUAAUGUUGACUUGCGGAGAAAGACAAACUACCUUAUAGUUGAUUCAAAGACAACUGUGAAAGCAAUUGAAGAUGCAUUUAAAGAAUUCACAUCAAAGGAGGAUAUUGCCAUCGUCUUAAUCAGUCAGUAUGUUGCAAACAUGAUAAGAUUCCUAGUUGAUACCUAUAACAAGCCAGUCCCAGCUAUUCUAGAGAUUCCUUCCAAGGACCAUCCUUACAACCCUGCUCAGGACUCGAUUCUUUCGCGGGUGAAGUAUCUCUUCUCUGCUGAAUCCGUAGCAUCCGGAAGGCGUUAGAUCAUCGGUGUAUGUUUUUAUCAAGUUUGCAAACUUGAUAACCUCUACAUUUAGUAGAGAGCUUUCUGUACUGCACCAUACUUUGCCAUUAAUUUCCCAUUCACUGAUCUGAUAUUUCAACCGCAGAUUUCAUGUUGGGUUGGCUUCUGAUCUGUGUUUCCAAAUAAAAUGAGAUUUUGACUGGAUAA